CAUCACUACUCACGUUAGUGGACCUCUCGCGCAUACAACGAAACAACGUAUUAUCAGGCGAAAUGAAAAAGUCUUUAUUUACAAUGAAGUUGGCUGUGAUUUUAGGCCUUGCGUUUUUGGUGGCAUUAUCCACGGCUGCGCCGCAGACCAAUCAUAGUAGAGGAUGCUAUUAUAUUAAUGGAAGAUGCGUGAAGGACUGCGAAGAAGGCACGCACGCGUACGCGGUGGGCUGCGCCACAGUGAUGUCGGAGCCCACCUGCGCGCAGCCCACGCCGGCGUCGCGCGGGCUCAUCUGCGACUUCUCCGCGUGCUACUGCGACGCGCCCACCGUCCGGCACGAGGGCACCGACAAGUGUGUGAGGCUGGAGGACUACGAUAAGGUGGAAUAAAUGGAUGCCCCUAUC